UCUAUUUAUGUAUAUAUGGACACGAGAAAGAAAGAAAAGGAGAGAGGAUCGAGAAGCUGCUUCAGUCCCCGGUCGUACCUGCUGCUGCCUGAUUCUGCAGACGCUGACGAGAGAAGCCUGAAGAUGAAGACUUUGUCCGUCCUGGUUUUGUUGUCCCUCGCCGUCAUCUGUCUCACCUCAGAUGCCUCCCAGACUGCUGAUGGAAACCUCGCUCAGGAGGGUCCGUUUGUGGAGAAGGAGGAGGCCUCUGAGGUGGUGAGACAGAAGAGAGCUGCAGGACAGUUAUCCCUGACCCAGCUCGAGAGUCUGAGAGAGGUGUGUGAGGCCAACCUGGCGUGUGAGGACAUGAUGGACACCCAGGGAAUCAUCGCCGCCUACACCGCCUACUACGGACCAAUCCCCUAUUAAUACCAACCAAAACAACUGACCCCACAUUAACAGCUGUAUUUCUUCUAGGAAUCAGCAUCAGCACCUUUAAAUCUGACCGGUUUCUUCCAUAAAGCCAUAAAGUCAUUUAACAAACCAACAAGUGAGAGGGGACUAAAGGGGGAAAUAUGUGUCCAGCAUAACCUUACAGAUGUGUUUCUUUAUUUCCUUUCAUCCUGUAGAGUAGUUUGAGAUUAAAUAAAGAUGAAUUAAACUCG